UCGCUUGCCAGGCUAUUCAACAUUACAUUUCUUUUCCGCAUAAUAAUAUUAUCAUAACCGCAUAGUGCCAUUGACAGAUCACAGAUGAUAAUAUGAUUUCAUUGCUGCAUGCUGGAUGAAAUUAAUACAUGUCUUUAAGUCAAAUUCUGGCGAUUAUGAGAGUGACGGAGUCGCGAAGCGCGCUUCAUCACUGUCACUGCUGGUCUCUCCGCAUAAAUUAACAACACAGGUUCGGGAGUGGCUUCGAGUCCUCGUCAGGACUGCUGCUCAAUAAUUACAUGGACGCAUUCGCCAAGCCUAGAAAGCACUUCAACCUGGACCCAUCACCGGCGAACCAGUUGGGUCCCGGCAAGAGGCCCAUGACAUCCAUGGUCCCCACCAUCAUCACUAAGUUCUCCGCGCCUUCCGAGCUGGUGGGCGCCUUCGGCGGCAGCGGAGGCCUGCCGGCCAUCUCUGCAGUGGCGCAGCUUAUCACCUGCGUUCGCAAGUACACGCUGCCUCGCUGCGUGUGGAACGAUACGCGUGUGCAGCCCACCUUUCGUUCUACUAAGCCCAACUCUGUGUUUGCGGAGCCCAGGACCAGGCACUUCGACCCGGUAUCCCUUCUUCGCAACCUGGGCGACAGCGUUACAGAGAAGACCAUCAUGUCUGCAGCCACGGGCAUCAUCGUCACAAAUAGCGGCUCUCUUCUGGCACCCAGUGACACCAAGCAUGUUGAUGGCAGCCGCUCGGGAGCAUGAGCAAAAUCAAA